CUGUGUGAGCCAUUUAUACAAGAAUAUGAUGUUAAGCUUAGAAUAUGUGUCUAUAGGUCGGUUAUUGUUCAAAUAACAAAAAAAAAAAACACGUACUACUUUCGAGGUCAAAGAGUAUCUCCAUAGUAACGAUGUAGACCCACCGCCAUUUUGAAUACGUCCUGCCAAUCAGUUCUUGACUCUUCAAACUUUUCGUGCAAUAACUACCCUGUAUGCGUUUCGCAGAAGGCGAUGGAGACUCAAAUGGGCCCAGAAGAUGUGUCAUGGUAGCCUAAAUACUUUUGUUGUGAUUUUGACUGUUCCGUGGACUCAGCUAGCCGGCUCUUCUGACGGUUUGAGUCGGUUGCAGAAAUGGCGGGCGAUCGCGAACGUGCCAGUAGCGGCAGGAGGGGCUCGGAUAUGGUGAAAAAUCUGAUUUCUUCUGCUCAGGCGUUAGGUGCAGACACGCUGGACCUCACAAGAAGGCAACUGACAAGCAUACCUGAUGAACUCUUCCGUCUUCAAGACCUAGAGUACCUUUACUUGGAAGGAAACUACCUCUCUGAGAUCCCCGACUACUUCUUCACAUACUUACCUAACCUGAAGUGGCUGGACUUGAGAAGAAAUAGACUCAAACAUCUCCCAGCUACAGUGGGAAGCCAUAGGUGCCUUAAAACUCUGCUACUUGAGGGGAAUGAAUUGACAUCAUUGCCUUUAGAACUUGGCCAGGUAAUGACGCUGAAGGGUCUGAACCUCCGAGACAACCCCCUGCACGUGCCCCCUCCGGCAGUGAUGGAACAGGGAACUCUGGCGAUACUGCAACACUUACGGGACGCCAUAGAAGCAAGGAAGAGGGAAGAUGCUAUGGCUAAAGGAGUUCUCAUUGAACAGCUAACACUGAAUGACAGUGAUAGCAGCAAUCAGUCAGAAGAUGGGAACCAGUCAUCCGAACCUGAGCUACGAGAUCUAGAUUCUGACAAAGUUCUUCCGAGCAGAGAGUCUUCUGUGUCCAAGGCUGGACUUGCCAGACACAUGCAGAUGGGUCCCACACCGAUGCCAGCAGCACUCCAUAAGCCCGCUAGUUACAGCGAGCUGAGACAACAGCAGUAUGAUAAAUUCAGGAGAGCGGGGUUGUUGGGAGAGGCCAAGAAGGCAAGGAAAAAGAAGCGGUCAACCUCACCACUGAUGAUUGACUUGCUGGAUGCCAAGCGUGCGGAGGAGCGCCGCCUAGCAGCUCUGCGUGAACUGAAGGAGAAGCAGGCGCUUAUUGAACAGAGGAGGAAGGACCAACAGCUGUUGAGAGACUGGAGAGACAAGGGCAAACGUCUGCAGAUGAGACAGUUUCUCAGCUCUGUGAAGAAAGACCACAAGCCCCUGAAGACACCUUACGGAGUGGACCCCGCCCACAUGAAGAUAAUUGACAGGAAGGAGAGGAUGCAAGUUGACACCAAAGCCCAGCAGGAAAGAAUCAACCAGAUCUUAUCCAGGGAAGCUGCAGAAAGAGCCAAGACUGCCCGUGACAUGGAGUUGCAGAGGCGUAUCAAGGAGCAUGCUGCAAAACUUCAGGACAGACAGAAGCAGAAUUGUGAUGCCAAGGAAGACUUGGAGCAGGCCAGGAAAGAUCUGGAAAUU